UAUUUACAAUAAUCAAACACUCCAUGGCUGUGAGGCAAUGGGAGGGUAAAUCUGAACCAGCAGCUCGGUGCUGGUAAUUGAUUCCAUAUUAGCCUAGCCUAGCCUGUGAGCAGUCGGAGAGAUAUUGCUGCUGCGCUUUCUCCAGCGUGGACUGCUCCUACAGGAGAAGAAUAACUAACUCUCAGGUAACUGAAGCGUGCGAGACGAGAUACAGCCGAGCGACCUCACGACACAGCAGGAGCAGGAAACCUGAAACACUAACAAUGACAACCAAAAAGCCGCAGAGCAUACUCCGGGAAGCUUCUCAUCAGAUUAUUGCCGGUGGAUCCGCUGGUCUGGUAGAGAUCUGUUUGAUGCAUCCCCUCGAUGUAGUGAAGACAAGGUUCCAGAUCCAAAGGGGUACCAGUGACCCCAACAGCUACAAGAACCUGGGUGAUUGCUUCCGGACCAUCUUCCGCAAUGAAGGAGUCUUUGGGUUCUACAAGGGAAUCCUGCCUCCGAUUCUGGCAGAGACACCAAAGAGAGCGGUGAAGUUUUUCACCUUUGAGCAAUACAAGAAGUUGCUGAAUUUGACCCCUUUGUCUCCUGGUGUGGCGCUGUCUGUAGCAGGGCUUGGCGCAGGCUUGACUGAAGCUGUUGUCGUCAAUCCAUUUGAAGUGGUGAAAGUCAGUCUCCAGGCCAACAGAGAUUCCUUUGCAGAGCAACCAUCCUCAUUCGCUCAAGCAAGACGCAUAAUCAAGUCAGAGGGAUUCGGACUGAAGGGUCUGAAUAAAGGAUUAACAUCAACACUGGGACGCCAUGGAGUUUUUAACAUGAUCUACUUUGGCUUCUACUUUAAUGUCAAGGAUGCUAUUCCCACCAGCCCGGACCCUACCCUGGAGUUCCUGAGGAAGUUUACUAUUGGCCUAGUGUCUGGGACCAUCUCCUCCUGCGUGAACAUUCCCUUCGAUGUAGCCAAGAGCCGCAUUCAAGGCCCCCAGCCUGUUCCCGGAGAGAUCAAGUACCGCACCUGCUUCCAGAGCAUGGCACUGGUGUACCGGGAGGAGGGGUACUUGGCACUAUACAAGGGGUUGGUGCCCAAGAUAAUGAGGCUUGGACCAGGUGGAGCAGUGAUGCUGCUGGUCUAUGAAUAUGUGUCUGGAUGGCUACAGAGGAACUGGUAACAAAAUAAAACAAUCAAGGAAAGGAAACCCACGAAAGUGCCUUAUGGAUUGUGCCUCAUUGCAGAUAUCGUUAACGGACUCCAGUAAAAUGCCAAAUGAUCAUUACAAUAUAUCUUAGAAUGCAGCUUUCUAAGAAAAAACUACAUCUUCAUCGAAGUUAGUUUCUCAGGAAAUAAAAACAGCUGCAGCAUUUGACAAUUGACAAAUAGAAAACAGGUUUUUAACAGUGGAUCAAUAGGUUUUAAAGGCCCUGAAAACCUAUUUUCUCUGUCAGCUUCUUACUCUGAGCAAUGAGGUCCUACAUGAAAACAAUAUUUUCUGCUAAAUUUAGAACAGUUUUCACAUGAGGGAUUUAUGUAUUUUGUGCUUUUUUUCUGUGCUCUUAUCACUUGUUUGAAGUGGCUGGUGCUCAAUUGGAAACAAAAGUGAUGUCACGUACGUUUGUGCACCAGUCAGAGUUUAGCAAAAUCUGAAGACAGUUGUCAACUCUUAAAAAAAAUAAUAACUAAGAAUGUUUAUAGUAGCUUAUGUAGUCAUGAAUACUUAAUGUUCUAGAGAAAUGCAUAUUUGAAACAAAGUUUUCAGGGGCUUUAAUGUUCAGUUUCAAAUUAAGUAAACACUAAGAAUGGAGUGAUGGAAUUCUUACACUGCAAUCACAAAAGCACUUGGAAAACAAAAAAAAACUCAGCUCCAGACCCACUAUAGAGCACUCAAGUAUAGAUCAUCAUUAUAUAGCUGGACAGUACAUGUUGUAUGACGGAACAAACACAUACUGAGUUCAGAUGAGUCUCAUUUCUUUAUACCAACCUGACCAGAGCUCUGCUGGACUCAGUGGAUCAAACAUCUCUAUCAAACUUCACUCGUAUCUUAAUAUAAACUGCUCAUUAAGAAGCAGCUUGUGAAGUCAGCUACAGUGCACACACCCACUGCAGCGCAGUCUAGACGCACACAUACAUACUCUUGGUAUGUACACAUCUUCAUAUACAACAAUGCAUACGUGAUUAUAAAUAUACACUGUGAUCACACCCUCAGUACUGAGCCUUAUUGUACUGUAUAUCUCAAACAGCCACAGUAGUGCCCAAUGAUUCUUAAUAAGAAUUAUUGUGUAAAAGAAUUUAUUUUACACUGAUCUAGUGUUAAGGCCUAUCGCAGAACUUUUAAUAUCUUUUGCAUGACUGAUAUUUUUAUGCACCUCCUUUAGAUUGGACUAGCAUGAAAUCUUUUUUUCAAGCUUUUAUUGGAAAGAAAUUGUGUUAAUUUGACUUUUUUCAAUCUAAAAUAUUAGCAUUUGUGGAAAGUUACUUACAUGUAUUGGUAACAAAUAAAAAGGAAUAAAAUUCAA